AUGUUCAAAGAAUUCACGGCAAGAAGAUUAGAUGACAAAGUGUUAUUUAUAGAACAUAAACUCCGUGAACGGACGAAAUAUCCCCAAAACGAGUUACAAACGUUGAGUCGUGAUUUAAGACAUUUCAAAUCAGAUUUUAAAAAAAAGUGGACAUUGUUCAACUAUAUUGAAGAAAGGUUUUUCACAAAAAACGAAGAAUGGCUUAAUAGUUCAGUUUCAAUACAUACCUGGACAUCACGUGUAAAGGCGGGAAGGCCAAGCAAGGAAUUUCGAGAAUUGUCUGAUCGUAGUAAGCGGCGAAAAACUGAAGAACUCCGGGAACAGGUACCUGUCGAUGAACUAACUUACGCAGCUAGUGUUAGUCAACGUACUUCAGGAAACGCCGCGGCAUCUAAAAUUAUAAAAGAUGUAAUUGCUUUACCGACAACAGCCAAAAAGUUCAGAAAAGCCAUUGAUGCUCAACAAUCGAAAACUGCAAAGAAAUACACACCUAAAGAAGCAUUAUCCUUAUUCGUCGAAGGCGACUUUACAUGGAAACAGUGGGAGCUACUACACGAUUCGAGUAAGAGUAUUUACCCUUGUUACACCCUUAUUAGAGAAGCAAAGAAGGAUUGCUAUCCGAAACAAGAGGCAAUGCGAGUUACGGAGACUUCUGCAGAAGUUUGUCUUCUUACUCGACCACACCGUUUCAAGACUCUGCCUUUACCUUGA